UAUGGACGGAAGAUACAAUUUGAAUUGUGAGACAAUAAUCCAGGAAAAUAUGUAAUAUAACGUGCGUAUUUAACAAACCUUCUGGAGUAAACACAGUAAAUACUUGUGACAGAAGUAAGCACAUUGCGUACGAUAUGCCCGGGGUUUCAACGUUUUGGUUUGCCGCCCUGCGCCCGAAAAGUAAAGCCAUGUAUACAGGAUUUCUAUUGGCUUUUAUUACUGGGGUUUUAGAGGCCGAUAUAAUAACAAACCCAUCUAGUACGUGGUAUGACGGGAUUAUAAAAUGUCGACAACAUGGUCUGUCCAUGGUCACGAGUAGGUAUGCAACGCUGUACAAGAACAUAACAUAUCCUAUUUGGGCCAACGGCUUCGAAGUGCGGGUCAACUACCUAGACGAAUUCUUCAUAAUCGAUAAAUUACAUGAAAAUGGAAAAGCCUUGGUUCGUUGCAUGAACAGCAAAUCGCCCGUUGGUAAUUUGAAACCAAUGCAGUUUGAGGAAGGACACAAAUAUUGUCAGAAACAAAGCAAUGGAUCACAUAUACAUUUGCCAUUUGUGAAUCACACUAACCUUGACAUGUUCAGAUGGCUUAAUGGUGUUCCGAAUUGGAUACAGGCUGUAAAUGUCGGACCAUUUCUCAACUCCGAAGACCUGACAGUGCAUUGUUUAGUGCUCAAUGGAUUUGAAUUGUUUCCUCCGCGAAAAGACAACUGUACCAACAAAUAUGCAUCCAUCUGUGUAAAUGAAACUUUUCACGACAUUAUAUGGUACAGGGGACGAGGACCUUCGGAUGUGAAAAACUGCGAUCCGACGUCAUGUAGAACACCCGUGUCAUCAUCAGCGGUUACUUCAGAGUUUAUGACGUCCCUAGUUACGGCGGAAACUUACAUCGGCGUUGAUUUAAACACUAGCGUAGCAAACACCCCGUUCUAUUUAGACGAGUCAACCAGCGACCCUAAAACCGAAGAAGAGGCGAAGACAUCGUCAAUUAUUAUUAUAUCAACAACUCUUGGCUCAUGUCUGGUUGUACUGAUCGUCAUCAUCUCUGGUUUGUGCCUCAAGAGGAAACAAGGGAACAACACUAGAAUUAUCUUUCAACAGAACGAGCUUGUACAGCCCUCGAUAGUUCCGCAGGAAGUUCAUGACGACAACAGCGUCCAUGUUGAUGUAAUUUCCGACAAUAUAGCGGGACGUGAGGCAACACCGUACACCUCGCUCCAGAUGACAGAAAAGCAUCUGUACACUGCCUUGGUGGGACCCAGCUUCAUGUCAACAGAAACGUCUUCUGUAAUUGGUCGAAUAGCCAAUAGGGACUUUCACGUUGAGACACAGUUUGAAAUGUUUGAACGACAAGAGAACAAAUACGACGAAAUUGAAAAUGACGAUCCAGGGGACUCAAACUACGAUGAUGUCGAAGUGUUGGAAAAAGACAUACCAGGGCAGACAAGCACCGAAUCCGAGGCCACAACGUCGUAUUCGUUUGUUAAAUAAGGUUGGAACGAACUACGCUAAGAAAGGUCAAACUUACCCGGAUGUAAUCCAGCGCAGCUAUUUCCCGAUUACGGUGACUCAUCGUCUAAAGAUUCGACCCCCUCAAUCCCUAAAAACAAAUUGCAUCUGAAAUCGAUCACAUAGCGGAAAUACGACACACGCACGCAUUGGCAAAAUUAUAAGGUUUGAAUAGUCGUGAGAUUUAUGCUACACACUACCUACUCCUACGUUAAAUAUUAACUUUGAAACAAAAAUGGAAAUGACUAUAGUGUACUAAUAAUUUAAUUUCGAAUUAAAAGUCAACAAAUUAUAAAAAAAUGUUCUAACAACUUGUGCGAAAUAACUAUGUAAAUAUGUGAACAAUGUAACUUAAAAACACAAAUUCCAUGUAAUAAUGUACGUAAAUUAUGAUAUAACAAACGUGUUGAGAUAUUAAAAACAUACAAAUUGUAAUUUUCUAAUUGGUGUAGUUGUGCUUUUUUGUUUUGUUUUUUCCUUUGUUUUUCCCUCAUUAAAUUAUCCUAAAUAGUUAAUUGUUGCAUAUACAAACCUUUAGUAUGUGUUUUUUGUAAAUAUUUAAAAGAUCUCUAUGGGUUUAUUUUGUAAUACAGAUUUCUUUGUAUUGUAGUGUCACUGCCAUGUUUCACCAUUAACAUGAUAAUAAUGUAAAUAAAAAAUAAACAUUUUGAAACAGGCAUUAUACGAAAAUGGUAUAUUAUUCAUUUCCUUGACCAUGUAAAGCCUUAUAAUUUUUUUACCUAAAAUAUUUACUUCAUUAAUAUAUGUGAUAUGUAACAUGUAUGAAUCAUUCGUCAGUCAUAUAAUGUAUGUGUUUUGUAAAUAUUCAAAAUAUAUAUAUAUUUUUGUUUUCAUUUCCUCAUACUUAUUUUUGUAUUGUAUUUUAAUAGCCAAGUUCCUCCUGAAACAUGAUAACAAAGUAAAUAAAAUAAACAUUCUGAAACGAGCAUUAUACGUAAAUGCUAUAUUAUUUAUUCACUUGACCAUGUUAUCUUAAAUAUUUACUCCAUCAAUACAUGUGAUAUAUAACAUGUAUUAAUUAUUAUUAGCCGGGUAUAUAAUGUAUGUGUUAUGUGUAUAUUGAUAGCAUGGGCAAAUAUUGCCUUUUGUUCCUCACAUAAGAUCUAUCUAUCUUUCAUGCUGUCGACAAAAAACAACUUUCCGACUUAGUUCAUACUAUGAUUAAGAUCAGUUGAAACUUAGACAAAGACCAUAUAAUGUAGUGCCUAAAAUAGGGGAAAAUACAUGUUUCCUCCGUGCAUAUAAACAUUAGGUUGUAUGUACGCUUAUUUUAUAACUACAAUAAAAUUGGAAAAUUAAAACUAUUUUACUACGUUUUUUUUCUUAAAUUACUUGGACGGCUUUGAUUUCAAGUAAUCAGCACCGUUUAUAAUGUAAUCAAGAAGCUUUUUGACAAAAAAUAGGUAAGGCUUUCGAAACUUUUAACAUUGAAUUCAUUAUCAUAAUUGAGAAAUACGUCAACGCUAUUGUAUUACUUCUUCUUUAAUUGAAGAUCCAUUAGAUUGGUAAACUAUCCUUAUUUUAUCUGUUAACUAGUAUGGUGCAUGCACAUUUUAAUCAAGAGUUCGUUUCUGUUGUUAGUUUUAAUGUGUUAAAUACUAUUAAUGAUUUUCCACCUGCAAUUGCAAAUUAGAUUGUUACUAUUUAUUUUGAAAUUAUACACUUUAAAUCUUAAAGACCUACAAAGACUAUUUCAAUACUUUGCGUAUUUGUUGUUCACAAAUUCCAACAAUGAAAAUAUCAUAUUUAUAAUAACGAUCGAAAUGACACUGCAAUAGAACAUAAUAUACACACUUAGUGCAUUUUUUAAAUUAUUUUUUUAAUAUUAUUUGUUGAAUUUGAAUUAUUGUCACAUCUAAAUAUCAAUUUACAUACAUUGUUUUUUGUUCAUCCAAUGAUUUGUUAACAAUUCUUUUUUAUUUAUUGUCUUAUAAAUAAAGUCACACGUUUUGUGUAUUUGUGUAAUGUCAUUUUUAACUUUGUCCAGAUUUGGCAAAUUGUAAUUUGCACCACAGUUCUAGUUUAGUCCCUAUAAUACUUAAUUUAUAUAUGUUCUGUCUGAUUGCACAGGUCGAAAUCCAGUAGUUUCAUCGUCAAAUGUUACCAUUGGAGUUCAUUUCGUUUGAUCUUUAUCGCUUUUUGGAAUUUCGAAAGGUUUACUAAAAAUCCUUUAUGAAGCUUCGGCAGUCCUUAAAAUAUUUUUGAAAAAAGAAAAAUAAUACCCAUAUUAAGAGCACAUUAUUCAUUAACUCUCAAGCCAGUCGUCGUCACGGUAAUGCUUAAAAGAAUAAUUUUGUCCAUCACAAAGAGCAAACGAUCAAAAUUAACAAUAAACACAAACUUUUUAUUAAGUAAUCUUACACGUCAGAAUGUUUACGUCCCACAUGUUUAUAGGAGUAUAAUUAAUUAAUGCUUAUAAUCCAGGUGUCUGUUGAUUUAUCAUUUAAUGACCGUAUUUCUGAAAAUAUGACUAUUUAAUUCGAGGUUUAACAUCAUACAUGUAUUUUGUUUAGAUUAUUUUGUUUGCAUGUCUUUUUUGUUGUUGUUCAUUUCAAAACACUUUGUCAGCGUUAUAUUUUGAUAUACAAGUAAAACUACAAUGUGUCAUAUGCUAUUUCUUUCAAUCUUUGAUAUAUACAUUAAAAGAAAACAUACUUG